AUGACAGUAAUUUUUGAUAAAAUCAUUUUAUUUCUUGCUUUUGUAAUUGAUUUUGAGGAUUUAUGUAUCUCAUAAAGUAUCCUAAUUGAGAAUAUCACUAUAAUAUAAAGCUUUUUGUAAAUAAUAAAAUUUUAAUAAGCAAUUUCUCGAAAUUUGUCAAUUGAAGAAACUAUUUGGUUUAGUCAAUAAUUUAAAGAAUAAAUUCUAAUUUUAAAUGAAUAAAAACCAAGUAUUUGUUGUGGAUUAUUGAUUUUGUAGUAUGCCUAAAUGUUAGAUAAAAUUUAUAUGAAUGUGUAUAGAAUAAAGCAAGAAAGAAUGAAAUUUUAAUGUUUGAAGUGGUUUUAAUAGAUCUGUUAAGUGUUAUUAGAGGAAUACUCAAUUUAAUCUGAAAUAAACUUUAUUAAAAUAUACUAAAUUAAGGAAAUAAACCGAAAACUCAUUUUUUAAAGCCAAAACACUAAAUGAU